UUUUCUUCUAUCAAUCAAAAAAUAAAUUAAAUGAAAAUCAGUUUCUUCUUAAAAAUGUUGAAGAAAACCCACUCAAAGCCUCCUAAGGGUAUUUCGGUGAUAUUCAGUGAAUUUCCAAUUUCUAUACUGAAUUGUUCAAGGCUUCAAUCUUUAGAUCUUUCCGUGAAUCACUUUGUUGGAACAAUUCCAAAUGAUAUUGAUAGAUUAUCGAAUCUUCGGUUACUUGAUCUGGGAUGGAACAAUUUCUCGAGCGAUAUUACUUCUUCAAUCGGAAACUUUCCAUUCUUACAGAGUUUAGAUCUUGGAUAUAAUUUUUUUAAUGGUAGUUUCCCUCCGGAAAUCGGAAAUUUAUCGAAUCUGGAAUCUCUCCAUAUAAGCAGUAAGAAUUUUUUGUCGUCGAAAAUUCCUAAUGAAUACAGUAGUUUGAUAAAGUUGAAGGAUCUGUCGAUGUCGGAGAUGAAUUUAUAUGGAGAAAUUCCGGACUGGAUUGGUAUUGGUGUAUUAAAGAAGUUGACAGAAUUACAUGUGGAUGGCAAUCGAUUAACAGGAGAAAUACCAGUGUGGAUUGGUUAUCUUCCGUCGCUUAAAGAAAUCGAUGUUUCUGAAAACAAGUUAUCAGGUGAACUGCCCAAAGAACUAGGUUUACAUUCCACGCUAUAUUUUCUUGAUGUGUCAAAGAACAAUCUUUCAGGUAAUUUACCAGACAAUUUAUGUUCUGGUGGUAAGUUGCAAUAUAUUACGGCUUCUUCAAACAAUUUUACAGGAAAAUUAUCAAAAUCGCUUGUGAAUUGUUCUAGACUUGGCAAUAACAUGUUAACUGGUGAGAUCCCGGCUACUUUUUGGUCAUCCAUGAAUUUAUUGGUGGUAUACAUAAACGAUAAUCAGUUUUUUGGCGAACUUCCCGAAAAGUUGAGUCCAAAUUUAGCCAUUAUCGACUUAGCAAAUAACAAUUUUGGAGGCAAUAUACCAAAUAGUAUUGGUUCACUUAAUCGCUUGAUGAUUCUUUCUUUAAGGUCAAACAAAUUCAGUGGGUUAAUCCCUGAAGAGAUUUGUCAUCUGCAGGAACUCCAAAUAUUAGACUUAUCGCUGAACAAUCUCUCUGGGAAUAUUCCUAACAGUAUAGGGAACUGGACUGGAUUAAAAGGGAAUUCGUAUGGUCUUAGCAAUGGCACUAGUUUUGGAUUGGAGAUGGUAGUCAAAGGAGUCAUGAUACAAAUUCCAAUAAUAUAUCCAUAUAGCGCAAGUAUCGAUUUGUCAUGCAAUAUUCUGAAUGGAAGCAUUCCUGAAGAGCUAAGCUUGCUAUCACGCCUCUCUUCACUUAAUUUAUCUCAUAAUCAUUUCUCUAGUGAUAUUCCUACAAAUAUCGGAAAUUUGUCUGCCUUAGAAUCUCUAGAUUUAAGUUCCAAUAAUUUGUCUGGACGUAUUCCACAAUCUUUGGCAACUAUCGACACUCUUGCGGUUUUAAAUCUUUCUUACAAUGAGUUAAGCGGCAGGAUUCCACAAGGAAAUCACUUUGAUACACUUAGUGUGGAUGGUUUAGCUUUCGUAGGGAACGAUUUAUUAUGUGUAUUUCCAACAGAGAAAGUUUGCGAGGGUGAUCACAAUACUAGUACCGGUAAUGACGAUCCUACAAUUGAAGUUGAUGUAGUCGAUCGAGAGGAUGCAAAAGAGAAAUUAUUGAUGUCCGCUAUUAUUGCUUUGGGGUUUAUAGUUGGAUUUUGGGGCUUUUUUGGUGUUUUACUUAUAAAGAAAGAAAAAUGGUGGUUCCCAUAUUGGAGAUUUAUUGAAUUUGUUGCAAUUAAAAUAACAAGUUUUAUUCGGAAUAGACGAUUGUAUUAAUGAAUGUACUUUGUUUUCCCCCCUACAUGUAACUUGGAUGUUGAAGGUUCGAUAUGAUAGUAAAUUGAUAUAUGAAUUUGAUGAA